AUGCUUCUUUCAUUUCCCACCAGCAAAGAUUCAAAAAGAACCGUGAAGAAGCAAAGAAAGGAAAUGGAACUAAUAGCCGUUUCACCGAAGCAAUUCGAAAUAAUUUUCGCCUUCGUCCGCGAGGCUUUUAGGCAACCGAGAAGCUCCCGCCUCGCCUUUUGGCGGGAGUGGCGUUUUAGCGCCGGCACGCGGAAAGCAAACAUAAAACCACAAAGAAUGAACAGAGAGGCAGAAACGGCGAAAGAAUCUGGCCCUCCAUUAAGAGCGAGAGCGCCUGAACGCAUUACUCGAGCGACUGAAGCGCACGUCAAGAUAGAGACCCUCCCCCCACCCCGCUACCCCCCCCAGCAUCCAGGAAAUGGAGAGGAAAAUAGAGAGAGAGAGAGACGGGGGGUGGGGUACGCUAGCCAUUGUGAGGAGGCCGCUUGGCAUCUCAUUAAAACGCCUCGCCUCUCGAAACCCGCUCUGGUCGCGGACACCGGGAAACGUAGUUGCGGUGCACCCAAGGAGCACGAGGAACGUGUAUUGCGCCGCGCGGCCCGGCCGGCCGCCGCGACUUCAGACGGACGACUGAGACUGCCCGCGGCCCGCGCCUCCGCCCCGGCCCGCGCCUUACCACCCGCCGCCAACCCCACCCCCGACUUCGUUACGAGCCACUUG